AUGAACUCAAAGUGCUCACUUGUUCUUCCGCUCCUUCUCCACCUUGUCAAUUCGUUAAACUUUUGCGAGAACUCGUAUUCGGCUUCGGCCUCCUCCAUUUUCAGUUUUCGAAUUGUCGGCGGAGUUCCUGUCGAUAAGUUGGUGCCAACGUUCAAUACAUUUUAAGAGUAACGAAAGACAGUUUCAGUGGAGUGAAUUGGAUGGCCAAACUGAUAUCUGUGGGUGAGGAUGGUGAAGGCAUUCUGUGCGGAGCUACCGUAGUCGACGACUUUUGGCUCGUCACCGCUGCUCAUUGUGCAUUGUGAGCUUCAAAUAUUGUGCUUUCGAAAUAAGUAUCACUCAUCAGACAAAUGAAAACUCGGUCGUACGUGACUCUCCGAAAGCCUUCGAACAAUCGCGAGACGACAAUAACUGUCAGGGAGGCGUACGUGCAUCCAAAGUACAAUAACCAGAGCGCCGACAAUGAUAUUGCACUUCUCAAAGUUUGUUUCUUCUUCUCAGACUUGCAACGGCCCGGCCCGGUCGGCCCGGGAGGAUGCACCUAAAAAUUCAAGUUGACCGCCGUUUUCUUCAAGCACUUUGUCUUCGUCCAUUUUUACCCACCAAACUUUGAAAACGGCCUACGUUAUCGUCGUUUUGCUUCAAUUUCGAAGAUUCAUUGUAAAAACCAGCAGAAAUAGAAAAAAAGACGAAAAAGGCAAUGUUAUAGCAUAAAAACCUGUUAAAAAAUAGAAAUUGCUGUUUAAAGUCGCAAAAUUUUCACAAAAAUUACGAAAAUUUUCUCAAGAGUGGGCGGAGCGAUUGAUUGCAACUCUGGCACGCCAUUUCAGCAAUUUUGCCGCACGCGUUUUCCUCUUCCUUCAUAUUUUUUUUGCAUAUUUUUUUUGAGGUCUAACUUCCGGGCCGACCGGGCCGGGCCGGGCCGACGAUUUGCUGGCCCGGCCCGGGAUUUGGCAAGUCUGCUUCUUCUCAACCAACAAUUUUUCCUUCUAGGUCUCUUCUGACCUUUUUCGAAAGUACGGAAUCAGACCGGUUUGUCUGGUCGAAGACGACUCGAGAUUACUGAAAAAGUACAAGAAUGGUUUGGUGAUAGGCUAUGGUCUGACUUUGGGUGAGUACUAGGUACACUAGCCCUUCCUCUCUACCGCAAUCCUUUUAGACGCCGAUUCCAGCAGCCUGCGGAACAGUGACACCUUGCAGAACACGACGGUCCCGAUCAUUCCGGGACCGGAAUGCGUCCGAACUUGGCGCAUUCUGUCGUUGAGAUCUGUGGCGAUCACUGCAAAUCAGUUGUGUGCCGGUGCUUAUUUGCAUGGCACUGCUCCGGUCAGCAACUUUUUGUGAUCAAGAAAUACCGACUUUGAGGGGUCGUAUUACAGUUCGGAAACAUUCUAUUGAGCUAGAGUAGUCCAAACUCCAUUCAAAGUUGGUAUUUUUCGCGUUCAGCUGAAGCCGUUAAGACAAACGGCUAACCAACUUUCAGGGUGACUCUGGCGGACCACUUUUGAUCCGAAAAUCGAACGGAGAGUACGUACAAGUGGGAAUCACCAGUUACGGAGCCGAUGGAUUGGACGGAAUUGUGGAUCAAGGCAAAUUUCCAGGUGAGCAUUCCUGAUCGAUGCUGCCAUUAUCGAUUUGUCGAGCAACACCCGAAAAACAUUUGGUUUUUCGCAGUUGUGGAUCAUAAAAUGAGCAUUCACACGACGAUAUUAAUAGCUUUUUGUCCAGGAGUCUACACGCGGAUCUCCAAGUACAUUCCAUGGAUGCAACGUGUCAUUUCGAAUCUCUCCUCCACCACCGCCGCCGCCAACUUUUUCACACCUCUUCACCUCAUUCUCCUCAUUUCGACGGCGUUUUGGUGUUAAAAACGGGUUUUCAUCGCAUUCUGCAACCAUAAAAUUGUCUGUUGUUUCUCGCGUGAAUUCGUCCAUCACUUGCCACGUCUCAAUCCGCUGCCAAUCUGUUAUUUUCCGCCGCCGCCGCCGCCGCACUUUUUCUCAGGAUUCUCCGAUUGCAGCCUUCAACGCAGCCCAAGUGAGCCAUUGUUUUGAGCGCGUUUGAAAUUUUUUUUUUUGAAUUUCGCGGGAGCAAGUCGAGCAAGCACGCCAAAAGUAAAUCCAUUCCCUCCCGAAACUUGUCAAAAAUGUAGCCGCCCCGGCCCACUAUUUGCACACUUUUUUCGUGUCCUUGAUUGAUAUGAUAGAUACGCCCGCACUCUUUCUCUUGUUUCAUCAUUGAAAACUUGAGAGGGUCACUACUUGAGGCAUCGCUUCUUUUUCUGCUUUUUUGACACGUACAUUUCAUGUUUAGCUCACUGGGGCGAACCGUUUUAUGUGCGUCGAACAGACCGCCUUUAAUCUUUUGGGAAAACUUUGCGAAAACUUGUGAAUCACAGUCACUUUUGAGCGUUUACUUACUCACUUUUCCUAUAAUGCCGCGUCCAAAGUCUCGGAAACGCCGCAAAUCUCGCGGAUUUUGCAGUCCAAAGUCGGCAGCAAUUUGCGGAAAAUCCGGGGUGCGCACAGCUGAACGAGUGUUAUCGUACACUAUAAAACUACGGUACUUUUUGAAAAUUUCAAAUAUUCUCGAGAAAUUUAAAUUUUUUCAAAAAAUACCGUUGAAAAUUUACCCAAGAAAUUUGAAAAAUUGCCAAUAUCCUCGAGAAAUUUAAAUUUUUUCAAAAAAUACCGUUGAAAAUUUACCCAAGAAAUUUGAAAAAUUUCAAAUAUUCUCGAGAAAUUUAAAUUUUUUCAAAAAAUACCGUAGUUUUAUGGUGUACGGUAACACUCGUUCAGCUGUGCGACUUUUGAUUGCAAAAUUCGCGAGAUUUGCGGGUUUUUCGAGACUUUGGACGCGACUGCUUAACCGAUAUUAUCAAUCACCGAUUUUGACGGCUUUUAUCUCGAGAACCAAUGAUUGUACCGAAAAGUUGUUGCGAAUUUCAUGCUCUCUACAACUUUGUACUUGACAAUUUUCCCUCAAAAUGUUUGCUUUUCAAGUUGCGGAGCUUUCAGAAUGACCAUCUCCUACUCUGGCAACUUUUUCCGGCUUCUUCUACGAUGGAAAGGUUUGGAAAAUUGAAAAGGGACGUGUGGCAAUACACUUUUUCGCUGCAGGCUCAAUCUGGCGUUCGGUGUGGCGCGAGCUCUUCCUCUUUCUCAUUCUGUUCUACUCGAUCCGCUUCACGUCUCCCUACUUUUUCGACUGGGCCGAUCCGAACGACACAAAAGGCUAUCGGAAGAUCUACAAAGUGAUGUGCAACGAGUUCCACGAGUACACCAAAAUGAUACCGCUCACUUUUCUGCUCGGCUUCUACGUUUCGAACGUCGUCUCGCGGUGGUGGCGGCAGUUUGAAUGUUUGAAAUGGCCCGAGGACUUUCUCUCCGUUCUCUGUCUUUUGUUGCCGUCGAAAGAGUCACGUCCGGCGCGUCAUCAGAUCGCCAGGUACAUGAAUUUGACGUCGGCGCUCGCGUGGCGUGACGUUUCCACGAAGAUUCGCCUACGCUUUCCGUGUCUUCGCAACAUCAUCGACGCCGGAUUGUUGACGGAACGGGAAUACGACAAGUUGCAGGACAUCAAUGUGAGUUUCUACUAGAUUCCAGACAUGUCUCUAAAGCAACGGGAACCAGGGGUGUGCGGAAAAUUUUUUUCGGAAAAUUUCGGAAAAAUCGGAAAAAUCGGAAAACUCACUUGUUCAUUGGUUCAAUAAAGUGUUUAAACAACGUUCUAAUACAAAAAAAUGCUUAUUAUGAUUUGAAAUCACUUGCAUGAGUGGGCGGAAGCUAAGCAAUGGAAUAUUUUUUUGCAAAAAAAUUAGCCGAGAGAAGCUCUCCGGGUCCAGUGUUUUCCGAUUGUCAGUGAGAAUGAGACGCGCGGUUGAAAAGAGUCGCUCCGUUUCUGCAGUCGUUGCGGGAGUACAGAAACAUUUUAAAUUUUUAAAAAGACGAUCGCUGCUAGACCCUUCCAAAAAUUUUGUGAUGCGCCUUUAAAAAGCAUACGGUGGUUUCGGACAAAUUGACCUUGAAUCCACACUAAUUUGCCGAAAAUUUCUCGGAAAAUCGGAAAAUUUCGGAAAAUCGAAAUAUUUUCCGCACACCCCUGACGGGAACCUUCAGGAACCGUCCCCGGGGAUCCGAUGGCUGACUCCUCUUCACUGGGUCCAACAACUGAUCGACGCGGAGAUGGCGGCCGGCAGAGGGUCUGUCAACUACAUUUCGGUGGCGAUGAACGAGUUGAAGGCGUUCCGAGUCUCUUUCCGACGGCUCUACUGCCAUGAUUGGGUCUGUGUACCAUUAGUUUACACGCAGGUGAGCAUUCUGGACCCUAGCUCUGAUACCAUUCCAUGUCAUUUGAGGUCGCCGCACUCGCCACCUACUCCUACUUCUUCUUCUGUCUGUUCGGGCGUCAGGAUCUGAACAGUGAGGACUUCUACUCACUCGACGCCUUCUUUCCACUCUUCACCGUUGUUCAAUUCUUGUUCUUCGUCGGAUGGUUCAAAGUUUUUAGCUUCUUAUCUCGAUACGUAGUGCUGAUUUUGUAGGUCGGUCAAGAUUUGAUGCGUCCGUUCGGAUUGGACGACGACGACUUUGAGUUGUCGUACAUUCUCGACAGAAACAUUGUCACUUCGUUCACUAUCGUCGACUCACUUCAGGACGAUGAACCACGUAAGUUCAAGACGUUAUAUCUCAAUUGUCUUUAAAGAUAUCAAAAAGUUGUCAACUGAUAAAAUGUUCGUUGAAAAGUGUUGUAAAUUUUAUUAGUUGACAUAUUUUUGAUAUCUCCACCGGCAGCUGAGAUAUAUCGGUUUGAAUGAACGGUACUCAUAGACGAGAAACUUGAAACUGAUACUAUGGAUUCAAACUUUGAGUGGACUGUAAUCCUAGACCAUUUGACGAUUUUUACGGUUAACAUUUUAAAACUUGAAACUUUCAGCCGAAUUCGAAGAAGACGUCUUCUGGAAACAUCACAACGAACAGCACCUUUACGCGCCGAAAGUUGCGAGCUCUCUAAAGUGGGGACGGAUCGAUUUGAGCCGGAAUGCUCAUAAACACCCGCCGAAAUUGCACACCUAUCUGGAGAUGAAGGAUCAGGAUCCGGAAGAGUACAAGAAUCGAAAGAAGAACAAGUUUAUCGCUUGGUAG